UCCGACUCUUGGACUGCGUCAUCCAGUUGGACAUCGCCCGCUCAGCAGGAAGUCAGAAACACGACACUCGUUUAGUCCCCAGAUAUCCAACUUCUCUCACGUUCCUUAGUCUGAACCAGCUCGCUCGGCACUCUUCCAGGUCAAGAGUCCGCAACACACUCUCUCGUUGUUUACCACUAUACAGUUUAAUCAGCGGCCACUUGCAGAGUUCUGUGUCUUAUAUCAGUAACGAGGCUUGAGACAAACAAACAGCAUACCAGAACAAUCUCAACCAAGGCUAGUUUGGAAUCGUGGGACCGACACGCUUGGCGACAGCUCAGUUGGACGUUAAACCUCGAACAUCUCAGCAAUCCUUACCUUUUGAUACAGCAAGAAGGCAAUUCAUAUUAAUAACCAUGGGUUUUCUUCGCACGGCUUUGGCCUCGUCCAUGCUGUUGGCCGCCGCCAACGCCUCGUUAGAACCCAUCAUUGUGAAGGGAUCUAAAUUCUUCACCAAGAGCGGUGACCAGUUCUACUUGAAGGGCAUCGCUUACCAGCAGGAGGCUGGCACCGGCCCUGGCGGUGACACGUCGGGUAGCAACAAGUACGUCGACCCUCUUGCCGACGCAUCGGUUUGCAAGCGAGAUAUUCCCCUUCUCGAAAAGCUGGGUGUCAAUGUUAUCCGAACCUACGCCAUCAACCCCGAUAAGGACCACUCGGCCUGUAUGAAGAUGCUCGACGAUGCAGGAAUCUAUGUCAUCGCUGAUCUUGGCGACCCUCUCUUGUCCAUCAACCGUGACGACCCUGUCUGGAAUGUCGAGUUGUUCGAGCGAUACAAGGGGGUUAUUGACAACCUCGGCAAAUACGACAAUACUAUCGGCUUCUUCUCCGGCAACGAAGUCACCAACAAUGCUACCAACACUGGUGCUUCUGCUUACGUCAAGGCCGCCACCCGUGAUACCAAGAAGUAUAUCGCCGACAAGAUGGCUGAUGGUGGACGCUGGAUGGGUGUUGGUUAUGCUGCCAACGAUGAUGCCGAAAUUCGUGUUGACAUGGCCCAAUUCUUCAACUGUGGUCAAGAAGAAGAGGCCAUUGACUUCUGGGGCUACAACAUCUACUCAUGGUGUGGUAAGAGCAGCUUCGAGGAGUCCGGCUACGAUGUUCAGGUCAAAUUCUUCUCUAAUUACUCGGUUCCCGUUUUCUUCGCCGAAUACGGUUGCAACACGGUCGGUGGCGCUGAAGGCCGCCUUUGGGAUGAUACUACUGCCCUCUACUCGGAUAAGAUGACUGGUGUAUUCAGCGGUGGUAUUGUUUACAUGUUCCACGAGGAAAAGAACGACUAUGGUGUUGCCAAGGUCACUGGUGACCAAGUCAAGACGCUCAAGAACUACGAUGUCCUCAAGAGCAAGCUUGCCGCCGUUGACCCCAGCUCCACCUCCUUGAGCGCCUACAAGCCCACAAACUCUCCUGCUGCUUGCCCUGGUAUUUCGAAGAACUGGAAGGUCGGCGAGACCCUUCCUCCUACCCCGGACAGCAACCUUUGUGACUGCAUGUUCAAGUCCCUCUCUUGCGCACCUGCCAAGAACCUUGACAAGAAGGAUUACGGUGAAAUUUUCGGCUACAUCUGUGAGAAGGACGAGAAGGCUUGCGCGGGCAUUAAGCAUGAUCCCGAGGCUGGCGUCUAUGGCCCUUACAGCAUGUGCAACCCCAAGGAACAGCUUGGUCACGUUCUUGACGCCUUCUACAACAACCAGAACAAGGGAUCCUACGCCUGUGACUUUGACGGUAUGGCUGAGGUUCAGGGCAACCCUUCAGUCGCAUCCUCGUGCGAGUCAGCUCUUGACAAGGCUAGCACCGCCGUUGCGCAAGCUGCUACAGCCACUGCAAACGUGGGUGGUGCCUCUGGAUCUGGAUCUGGAUCUGGCUCUAGCUCCGGCUCGGAGACGAGUGAUAAUGCCGCUCCUGGUCUCAUCCCAUCCAGCCCAGUUUUUACUUUGGGUAGCAUGGCCGUUGGUCUAUAUGUGCUCGUUGCCAUGGGCACCGGUGCCGCCAUGGUUGCUUUGUAAUGGACCUGUUGUGUAAAGAAGGCA